CCUGUGAUAGAUCCCAGAUAGGCCUGUUACCGUCACACGCUCGCUGAGCCAAUGGGUUGAUAUGAUCGGAAUGUGGCCCGUGGUAUGCUGGGGGGAGCCGUCCUCUAUCCGCCCAGAGAUCGGGUGACAACCUCAGCGUCUUCUUGAUGUUAAACCGCGGCAGUCUACUUCAUUUAUUUACGCUAUUCGGAUGUGUUUGGAAAGAUACAAGAUAAAUAGUAGACGAAACCGUCAGACAACAAGUGAACAUAUGGUGUUUUCGGUUUUGAUGUGACCAGUUGACCUGCGGCUGUUUAUAUGGUCUCUAAUGGAUCACUGUGGUUGCUAAUCUAAUAUGACACAAACAUAUACGUGGGAUUCUGUACAGGUAUAUCACACCUGUCACACGAGAGGCUAAGAUAUAGCGACAAUGUGAGGUAAUGUGUUUCGUGUGGAUACCCGAUAACACGAAAUGCCAUUGAAUAUUUAAAAAACUAGCGAUGUAAGCUAUGCCGAAUGAGUAUUUCUUGUAAAUAGGCGUAUGCAAAGUCUUAGUAACCUGUAAAGUGACAAUCCCCCAAGAGUCGAUGUCGCCUUCCACCAAGGCCCUUAGUUAGGUCAGUGGCUCUUGUUAAAGCUCAUAGGUUCCUGCUACAUGGAAAUACAGUGCACGUAUUGGUACAUGUAGCAUGCAUUCGGUAUCAUUGUAAUAAAGGCAGUUUCUUAAGAGACUUCUCAUGUUGACUGAUAAAUUACAGACAUCCUAUUACGCUAAUGUAUAAGCGGUGGGAGUGGAUGAUGAAAUCUCUUAUAUGUAUGCCUGUAGGUCAUGAUGCGCUGUUUAAGACACAAACUUCAUAGUAACAUUAUAGUAAGAUUUUUUUAAAAAAAAUUCGCAAAUCUGGGAUUGUCUUGUUAUGUAUAUGUAGUACAUAUACUAUGAAUGUUCUGCUUUUCAAGACUUAAUAAUAUUGCAUGGACAGUAUAAAUCAGUUUACUUAUUUCCUGAAUAGCUUGAGAUCAGGAUGCAGACACAAACAGCUUCGGGCUGUCAUAGUCACCUGAUCUAACUAUAAAUACAAACUAGGCAGAUGCAAUAUCCGUGAUAUAAGUAAACAAAAAUUGUCUUCUUUUUUAAGCUAUAAAUGUACCAAGGCGUGACAAGAACAUGUGUACUGGGGUUGUGAUGUAUGCACAUAUUCUAUACUAAGCUUCUCAUGUGAAUGAAUGACAAAGUCAGCUGAACAUUGAAUAAGGAGAAUGUAGAUUUUCGGAUCAUCAUAUAUAUGGCAAUUCAUGUAUUUUACGAUACCGAAUUUUACCCCGCUGAACGUGAUGAAUUCGACCAUUGUUCCUUUGUAUAUAGCAUAUGAUACAUUAUACAUAACACCAUGUGGAACAGUUCCGGUAUGUAUAAUUGACUCUGGCUGAUUAUUGUCACCGGGCUAUGCGCAUGUACCUUGAUUGUAAUCGAGGCAUUUCCGGAGUACGGUUGCAGACCACGGGUGCAAUGAUUCGUGUGUAUGUAUCUACACGCGAAGAUGUGCAUAACAUAUAUUAAAACAUACAUAGUUUUGUCGUUUCUACUAUCAGAGAGGUUAUGGGAAGUUUGAAAAUAAAUUUCAAGACCCACACCGACACGUGCCGGAUAUAAUUGACACUGUCGUCUUUAAUCUACUGGCUGCUCUCAUAGCCUUGGUAAAUGUUUAUACCGAUUUCCUAGAAAUGAGUUUAGAUAUAAAUUAAAGACUAUCCAGCUAAAAAGUAAAGAAAGUUAUACCGUAUUUGACCUAAAAUUUAAGAUUUACCCUACCUCCCAUGUAACCUCAAGUCACCGUUCAAGAUCAAUAGAACUUUUAGAAUUAAGACAAUUAAAUACCUUAACGACAACCCAUAAAAUACCGUUGAGUUAUGCACCUGAUUUUGAAGUGAAUGGUUUGCGGGAUUUUAAGUGAAAUCAUGAUCGAUUAAAGAGCAGAUGGUUGCAGUUAAUUAUUUGUUUAGUGUUUGCCUACGACUAUUGUAUAAUCAGGUAUAUACCUAGAUUCUAGGGAUAGAUCUAUAGCUUGGUAUCUAUUACUUAGGGCUGUUAGAGGCACAAGCCAUGCGCAUCCUCCAUUGGAUCAUAGGGCCAUUAAAACAUAGGGUGUUAAACUGCUGUGGGCAGUGAUUGCCUUGAAAUACCCACACAGAGCUCCGUUCAAGUGACGUGUCCUGUCGCACUACAAAGUUAGCCACACACAAAUGGGCCAGUCCCGGAUGCUGACCAUAUUUGGGUUGCUAUUGUUUUCACAAUGUUCGUCUCUCACGGCUUCUCGCUAUAUGUAUUUACGUAUGCAUUAUAGACAUCACAAAGCUCCCCACUACAAGUUUGGCCAGUCGUCUAUGACCACUGCAUAUUCGAGCGCAUACCUGGAAACUAGCCUGCCCAUAGAAAAGACGGAGUCAUCUAGAGUACCACGGUUUCUAUGGGAUAUGGAUCGAACAGAUUUAAGUCAAUGUUCCCCAUCUCCAGCUUUGUCGGAAUCAUCAAAGGUUUCUGAUAGCUCACUAGUGUCGUCCACUUCAGAUUCCCUAAAAGGAAAAUCGUCCGUAUGCUCAGUGAAAGCAAAAGGUGGAAUGGAUACCAACAUAACGUUGUGGCACUUUCUCUUGGAGCUAUUGAUUAACCAGCAGCACAAGGACAAGAUCCAGUGGACAAACACAGAGGGUGAAUUCAAGUUGAUAAAUGCUGACGAGGUAGCGAAGUUAUGGGGACUUCGCAAAAACAAAACCAAUAUGAACUAUGACAAGCUCAGCCGAGCUCUCCGUUAUUAUUACGACAAGAACAUCAUCAAGAAAGUCGUUGGACAAAAAUUUGUGUACAAGUUUGUUUCAUUUCCCGAAGUGGUGAAAACCGAAAAUAAAAUCCCUUUCAAAGUGAAGAUGGAGAGCCUUUAUGGACAGUUUGGACAACCCCUCACCAACUUCCAGAGUCCCCCUGUCAGACCAUUUGAAAUGCCACCUCCUACAUCUACAUCGUCAGAUAUCGGUCAGCCUCCGAUUUCUUGGCAGCCACCAGGACACUUUUCUCGUUUCCAGUUGGCUGUGAACUCCUCUCAAGCGGUCACCUCAGGGCAUAACAUUCCUCAUUCAACCCACAGCACCAUGUCUCAUGUGGGAUUAAAACGUGAAUCUGAUUCUUUGAUGCCCGCUCCAUCAGCAACACCACCCAAACGUCCCCGAUCUGGCGAACCGUCACACUCCAGCAGCUCGGAAGACGAAAAACCCAGAUCGACGUCAGCGUCAGUCAUCAGCAAACCAAAGCCUCUACCAGUUCCACUCAGUCUCAACGUAGGGGGAGCCAACACCAUCUUGUCCUCAGCCUCACAAGUACCUGUGCCAAGCCCAGGUGCAAAGACCUUACCGACACCGUUUUCACCCUUGCAGACCCCGGUCCUUGUCGCCAGCCCUGUUAUUCCUGGCCAGAGAACACCUUUCCUGACCUUCUGGAGCUCUCUGAACUCUCUUAGCCCAUGCUACACCACAGGCUCCACCGCCUUUCAGUUCCCAACAUACGUCAGCGGCCACAUGGCUGUUCCACAAAUGACAGUGCCCACGUUGUCUGGGUUCGACAACCUAUCUUCGCCUAUACUUAUGGCGUCGCCUACAAAAAUUCCGGUCCUGUGACCAUCAGUAGGUGGUGCAAGAUACCACGAUCCAAAAUUUUCUCCAACAUAAACUUGUACAUGAGUUCGAAAUGUAGGAAUUGUGGAUUUUCGCUCCAAAGGACUACUACAUAUGUGAACAAAAUUCGGUGCUCUAGGUAGGUUAUGUUCCUGCCGCGUUGACAUGCCAUAUUUCUAUUGUUACAAAACACUGACUUUAAAGCGAAACUGUGAUUUUCAUAUCGUUAACCCAUUGUUUCAUAGAGUGUGUAUGUUUUGUAUGUCAGAUUUAAAUGUUUUGUUUUAAACAACCCCUUAGCUCUUGCUUUCACAUUUCGAGCAGUUAUUGUAGUCGAUGUAUGUUGUUUAUAAAUGUGAGAAGCACUGAUGUCAGUUUUUAGUACUUAACUUAUAUGUAUCUGUUGUUUCCUAAGUUAUCUUUUCUUACUUGCAUGAUUUACGGGAACCAUUGAGUUCAAUGUUAAUUUUUGGUACAAUAUUUUACAUUUAAAUUAAAGUGUGGUUUCUUAUUGUGUUUAAGAAAACUGUAAUCAAUUUUAAGUAUGAAAUAGAGCGAAGUGCUGACUCUCCUUUAUGAUUUCCAUUCGAGAUUAAUUGUGUUUUAUUGUCGUUCAGAAUAUCAAUACCUUGUGACAUGGGUGCACUACGCCCUUCAAUUUUUGGACCAAGUUCAAUUCUAUAGCAUACUGAGAAAUUGUCUUAUUCAUUUGUCAUUUUCAUGCCAUGCCCUACGUGUCAUAUUUAUUACUAGGUUCGAACCAAAUAUAUAGAGUUUUGUUGUCUGAAUACAGUUUUAUAAUGUAUAUAUGGUACGAAUGACUGGUUGAGUAAAACCUUAACAUUAACAAA